ACACAAGUCUGGUUGCACAACUUUCGAGUAACCAAUGCCUACUACGGAUGGGCCGGAACUGAGUUCAACGCAAAAUACGCAAAAUACAAAUGUGCUUUUUCUGGCUACAUUGUUCCACACGUAUAGGAGGAUCCCUUAAUUGAAUGGUUACUGCAUAUUCUAAAUAGUAACAUUAUGGCUCAAUCGCAAUGUUUGGACGAUUCACCUGGAAGGUGGCCGUCAACAAGACAGGGAAAUUAUUUGAAUAUACAGGAGUUGUACAACGAAAAGCACCGAUUAGCGUUAGAGGAGCUUAUUUCAGGUGGAGUUGAUUCCUUUCUGGAUUUUCUAAAAAAAGAACAAAUUCCGAACUUUCUCUCAGAUGACGAGAUCAAACAGAUUGGCAGUGCUGCGGCGGUCCCACGCUGUGCGUCCCUUCAGGGUGAAGACGUGAUCAUUGAGCAGUCGGUAAGUAGCUCCAUGGACUGCUCCUCGGUGACUUACUUCCCAGAGGUCUCAGACGUGGAACCACCGCUGUUGGAAAUCGGCUGGCCCGCCUUUACAUCGGGCUCUUACCGAGGAGUCACUCGCGCUGUCGCACACUUCCAACCCAGCUAUGGGGAAUGCAUCUAUAGUUGUAAGGAAGCUGCGAGAAGAAUGAUAAAAAGUGCCAAGGAGGUGAUUGCCAUAGUGACAGACUCUCUGACAGACCUGGACAUAUUCAAGGAUCUUCAAGAGGCGUGCACGCGGCACAGAGUUCCAGUCUACAUCCUGCUGGAACACUCCUGUGUGCCUGCAUUCCUCAAAAUGUGCAACAACAUCAAUGUGCGCCUGGACGAGCUUCUGCAAAUGCGAGUGAGGACCAUAACUGGUGGUACGUACUUCAUGAGAUCAGGGGCCAAGAUUACUGGAAAGGUACAUGAACGGUUCAUGUUGAUUGAUGGGAACCGAGUGGCUACAGGCUCCUACAGGUUCAAUUGGACUGAUGGUAAACUAAACAGCAGCAACCUGAUUGAGUUGUCAGGCCAGAUCACUGAGAACUUUGAUGAGGAGUUCCGCAUCCUGUAUGCCCAGUCCAUGCCUGUUAUUACCAGGGGCCCAGCCAGUGCCCGAAUCAGUGGCAUCUACGACCACCUGCUCAUCAAACUCCCCGUCACGUCAUCCCCUCAGCCGGCCAGAGAAAGGCCCCCAGUCGAGUCUGUCUGUCUGGAAGUAUUGGACAAAAUUGUCUGUCUGACCAGCACACCUAGCCGGGCCCAGGCUGUGGCAGUGCUGCCCCCCAGAGAGGACACUGGGGCGAGGGGCCGUAAGAGCAGCCCGGUCUCAGACUCCUCCACCAUAGGGGAAGACUGGAUGGAGCAGCAGCACAUGCAGGAGAUCCUGUCUGGAAGUGCUGCCCAGUGCCUGCCUACAGGUGACCCUGCCACUGUUACAGCAGCAGUGGAUGUGCUGGUCACACCCCUCGUCACUCCUUGUCAUGUCUCCACCCAGACCAGCUUCACCACGGUGGACAUUGGAGUGCAGACAGAUCUGACUCAGUACACUAACCUUCUCUCCCCCAACAAGGCUACAGUUACCCACUUUGCCACCACCAAUAACCAGACCGACAACAUCCAGAAUGAAGCUGCCUCCUCAGAUUCCAUCUCUACCUCCCCCAGGCAGCACCUCGCCCCCCAUGGUGUGGACCGUCGCACUGCAAUCCGUCACUGUACCUCGCCCCCCGAUGGGAACCUGAGGGAGUGCUUCCACAAGCUGACCAAAGAGCGUCAGUAUCACUACUCCAACAUCCGCUCCAAGCUGGAGCACAUGGGGACCAUGCUGUCCCACCGCCGUGAGCUAGUAGACCUCACCAACAUGGCCCUGGGGCCCGGGCUGCAUAGAGCAUGCAAGUCCCAGAAAGAAUGGGAACAGAGACAGGGGCAUAACCCUGGCCUGCUGAUGGACUGUGUGGGCAUGGACACUUGGCCAAGGGCCAGAUGUUUACAAUAAAAUAACUUAUUGAGCUGCAGGGCCUUGGAGAUGAUGGGUGUUGUGGAAAGGGUUCUGUGUUUCGUAGGUAUACACUACCUGAAACAAAUGGGUUUAAAGGGCAAUAUGAAAUAUUUGAGGCUUAUUCUUCCUUAGUCUUAAGAUUUUGAAAGUACACUACAUGGCCAGAAGGAUGUGGACACCCCUUCAAAUUGGUGGAUUCGGCUAUUUCAGCCACACCCGUUGCUGACAGGUUAAUGAAAUCUAGCACACAGCCAAGCAACCUCCAUAGACAAACAUUGGCAGUAGAAUGGCCCAUCCUCAAGAGAUCAGUGACUUUCACCACCUUCGCCACCUUUCCAACAAGUAAUUUCAUUACAUGUCUGCCCUGCUAUAGCUGCUCCAGUAAACUGAAAGUGCUGUUAUUGUGAAGUGGAAACGUCUAGAAACAACAAUGGCUCAGCCGUAAAAGUGGUUGGCCACACAAGCUCGCAGAACGGGACCGUAGAGUGCUGAAGCCCGUUGCAUGUAAAAAUCUGUUGCAACACUCACUACCGAGUUCCAAACUGCCUCUGGAAGCAACGCCAGCACAAGAACUGUUCAUUGGGAGCUUCAUGAAAUGGGUUUCCAUGGCCGAGCAGUCACACACAAGAUUACCAUGCACAAUUCCAAGCAUUGUCUGGAGUGGUGUAAAGCUCACAAAUCUGGGUUUGGAGUACACUACCUGCAUGAGUGCAUAGUGCCAACUGUAAAGUUUGGUGGAUGAGGAAUAAUGGUCUGGGGCUGUUUUUCAUGGUUUGGGCU